CGUUGCUUUUAAAAACCGCCAAACCGUCUUCUGUCUGUACAUCUCUGAUUUAUAGCGGAGAGUCGAGAAGAGUUACAAUCAUGUACGUAAGAGUGAGAACAGUAGACGGAAAAGAGGAAACGCUAAUAUCAAUUUCCAAAACAGCUACAAUAGGAGAUUUAAAGCAUGAAAUCGAAAAAGAAAUGCAUGUCAAAACAGAUCUGCAAAGGCUAUUUUUUGGCGGCAAACAGUUAGAAGAUUGUUAUACAAUUUAUGAUUAUAACAUCAAGUUGAAUGAUGUCAUACAGCUUUUGAAAAGAAUAACCGAUAUAGAGAAUGAACCAACAACAUCUAGUAAAAUUGUAGAAAAACAGAAAAAGACAAGCAAAUCUAAAUUACAAAAAAAAUUAGUAGAAGAACAAGUAAUAAAAGAACAGCCAUUAAAGAAACAAGUGACGCCAAAAAAAGUUGAAGAGAAUGCAGAAAGUUUGUAUUAUAAAGUUAAUGACGCUAUAGACUGUCUUGACAAAGAGCAUAGUGUCUGGUUUGAAGCUACUAUACAAAAAAUUUUAAAAGAAGGAGAGGAAAUUCUUUAUAAUGUGUUGUGGGAGUUUGAUAACGAAGCUAUUCCUUUUAUUGUACCUGAAACAUAUAUACGGCCUCGCGCUAGGCAUAAAAUACAAGUUAGUAAAUUAUCCAUUGGUCAGAAAGUAAUGAUCAAUUAUAAUAUGGAAGAGCCAGAAGAUAUUGGAUUGUGGUAUGACUUCACAGUAACUGAAAUAAAGCAAGAUGGAAAAUUAACUGGAAUAUUUCACAUGGAAAAUGAUCAACUUGAAAUGGACAAUAUCAUACCUAAAGGAAACAUCUAUAUAAUAGAAAAACCUAAGUUGUUGACUGAGAGAACUACAGAAGAUGAAAAAUUUAUGAUCAGUAAUGGUACACGUAGACCUGUUGUUCCUGCUUGUCAAAACUGUAUGGAUAAUCCUCGUAGAAAAUGUUCAGAAUGCGGUUGCAAAGUGUGUGCUGGAAAACAAAAUGAAGAUCGUAUAUUAAUAUGUGAUGAGUGUCAAUAUGGAUAUCACUUGGAAUGUUUGAAACCACCAUUAGUGAAAGUUCCAGAGGAAGAUGAAUGGUUUUGUCCUGAAUGCAAAAAUGAUGAAACUGAAAUUAUUAAGCCAGGUGAUAAACUAAAAGGCUCAAGAAAGAGACCUAUUGAACAAGAUAAAAAAGAAAAAAACAAAAGAGAUUGGGGAAAUGGCAUGGCUUGUGUUGGUGCAAGAAAUAAAUGCACUAUUGUUCCUAAAACUCAUCGUGGUCCAAUUCCUGGUAUAGAAGUUGGUACAAAUUGGUAUUAUAGAUUUCAAGUCUUGGAGAUGGGAGUACACAGAUCACAAAUAGGUGGCAUUCAUGGACGAGAAAACGACUGCGCAUAUUCUAUUGUUGUAUCAGGUCUUUAUGACGGCAGCGAUUACGACAUAGGCGACGAGUUUCAAUAUACUGGAUCUGGCGGCAGAGAUUUAUCAGGUAACAAGAGGACUGCCAAGCAAAGUAAAGAUCAGCAAUUAACUAAAAUGAACAGGGCACUGGCUUUAAAUUGUAACGCUCCUUUCAACACAAGUGGUGCUACAGCCAAGAAUUGGAAGGGAGGUAUACCACUCCGAGUAGUGCGCAGUUCUAAAUUAGGAAACAAAUUUGCACCAAAGGAAGGUUAUAGAUACGACGGUAUAUAUAAAGUAGUAAAAUAUUUUCCAAAGAAGAAUAAAGAUGGUUUGAUUAUGUGGAAGUAUAUAAUAAGAAGAGACGAUUCAACUCCUGCGCCUUGGACUGAAGAAGGAAGAGCGAGGAUUGCAUCACUCGGUUUAGAACUGGAAUAUCCCGAAGGAUAUAAACUAAAUGACAUCUCGAAAAUUCAGCCGCCUUUAAAAAAAUUGAAAAAAACCUACACUUUGGAAAAAGAAUUGGAGAAUUUAAUAAACAAUGAUAAACAGAAUGCUAAAGUGUGGGCUGACUGUAUGGCGGCAUUGUCUGAUGGAAAACUCGCUUUUCAAAAAUGUGUUAUAGACAGAUUUAACUGUCCUUGCUGUUUGGAUAUCGUUUGUCAACCAGUAACUCUUCCUUGCGUACACAAUAUUUGUUUGACAUGCUUAAUACAGACUUUUAAUUCCCACGAGCUAUAUUCUUGUCCCACAUGUCGCUAUUAUUUAGGUAAAGAGUACGAAGUACUAAUUAAUGAAAAAUUGAGAGCGAUAUUAUUAAAACUUUACCCAGGCUAUGAGAACGGAAGAAGUUAAUAUCAAUUUCGUUUGCCAAUACCAUUUUUUUUUCAAUUAUUGUUUAUUAUUUAUUAGCAUAAAUUGCAAAAUUCUCUUUGUUUUUGUCUAGAUCUAGGUUUUAGAGCGUAAAACUGAUAAGAAUUCGUAAGUUUUGCGCGAUUGAUUUUCUUUUAUUAUUUGAAAUUGGUAUAGAAAACGAAUAAAAAUAUAUAUUUAAUAUCCCUAAUAGCAAAAUCUGUUGAAAACAAAUUUGCUUCCAAUCUGGCGACAUGGUGUUUGAUGGGUACAUUUUAUAUUAGCAAAAAACUUGGUUUUUUUUUAAUAUA